AUGAAACAAGGAACUCGCAGAGCAAAGAGAAAACUCAAGAGAUUACUUCAUCGGAGCUCUUUGUCGUCCAACUCUGCUCUCCAUGUCGCCACGUUCGUCAUCGUCUCCCCCUCAGCGUCACCGGCCGUUCACCACCUCCCCUUCAGCGCCACCGGCCGUUCACCACCUCCCCUUCAGCGUCACCGGCCGUUCACCACCUCCCCUUCAGCGUCACCGGCCGUUCUCCACCUCCCCUUCAGCGCCACCGGCCGUUCACCACCUCCCCUUCAGCGCCACCGGCCGUUCACCACCUCCCCUUCAGCGUCACCGGCCGUUCCCCACCUCCCCUUCAGCGUCACCGGCCGUUCUCCACCUCCCCUUCAGCGUCACCGGCCGUUCAUCACCUCCCCUUCAGCGCCACCGGCCGUCAGCGUCACCGGCCGUUCCCCACCUCCCCUUCAGCGUCACCGGCCGUUCACCACCUCCCCUUCAGCGUCACCGGCCGUUCACCACCUCCCCUUCAGCGUCACCGGCCGUUCUCCACCUCAGGAAACUUGCGUCAUUCAGGUCUCGUUCCGCGUCCUCUCCGCAAGUAUUGGUUUCUCUUCCUAUACUUGGGUAGGAAACUUGUGA